AUGACAGGGAGGAGAAACGGAUUUGUGGCGCUUGUUCAAAGGAAACUGGAAGAGGAGGGUGUGGAAGAUGCCAUUGCUCUGCACUGCAUUAUCCACCAGCAGGCCCUUUGCAGCAAGAUCAUGAGGUUUGGCAAUGUGAUGUCUGACGUUGUGAGAAUCAUCAACCAUAUCAGAUCCAGGGCUCUAAAGCAUCGGCAGUUCCGCGACUUUUUGGCGGAAAUAGAGUCCGAAUACGAGGACGUGCUCUACUUCACCGAGGUACGUUGGCUCAGCAGGGGGAAGGUCUUGAAGAGGUUUUUUGAGUUAAGAGCAGAAGUGAAAGCCUUCAUGGAGAAGGAUGGGAUGACUGUUCCUGUGCUAAAUGAUCCUGAAUGUCUAAGGGACUUAGCUUUUCUUGUUGACGUCACACAGGAGCUGAAUGUACUGAACAAGAAGUUACAAGGUCAGGACCAGCUUGUCAGUGCUGCAUAUGACAAUGUCAGAGCAUUCUCCAAACAACUUGUGUUAUGGAAAGCCCAGCUUUUCCAGACAAACCUCUGCCAUUUCCCAGCAUGCAAGGCACUCAUGGAUUCAGCCACAACAUUCAGUGGUGAGAAGUAUGCUGAUACCAUUGGAAAGCUACAGGAAGAAUUUGAUCAGAGGUUUGCAGACUUCAAGGCACACAGAGCCACUUUUCAGAUUUUUGCUGACCCCUUCUCCUUUGAUGUGGAGGAUGCCCCCCCUGUCCUGCAGAUGGAGCUAAUUGACCUGCAGUGCAAUACUGACCUCAAAGCCAAGUUCAGGGAGGUGAGUGGAAAAACAGUGGAGCUUGGACAAUUUUUGAGAAAACUCCCCCCCACCUUCCCUGAGCUUUCCAGGAUGUUCAAGCGGACCAUGUGCCUUUUUGGCAGCACCUAUCUGUGUGAAAAGCUCUUCUCCACAAUGAACUUCAAUAAGUCAAAGUUCAGGUCCAGACUUAAAGAUGAGCACCUUAAAGCCAUACUGAGGGUCUCAGUUGCCUCCUCCCUCAAGCCAAAUGUGGCUCAGCUGUGUGAGAGGAAGCGCUGCCAAGUCUCUGGCAGCAAGGAUUAGGAGGAAGUAAAUGAAGCCUAUGUUCUGAAGAACUGUUCAUGUUCUGCAUGUUCUGACUUGUUAAGAUUGAGAAGAUUGGUUCAGUUGACCUUUUUUUUUGAAUACUUGAAGCCUUUUUUUUGUGGAAUACUUAAUGCGGCCCAGCCUCACCCAGACGGCCCCUAGGUAAGUUGAGUUUGA